CCCGCUAGGAUUGUCCGUCCGCGGGCCGCCCCGCACCAUGCUCCGCGGCGCCCGCUGCCUGCUCCGGGUGCCCGCAGCACCCUCCGCGGUCCUGGCGGUGGCUCUGCUCUCGUCGCUCUCGCGCUGCUCCCUCCCGGAGCCGCAGGACGUUGUGGUCUCGGCGCUCAGCCCCUACUUCGGCACCAAAACUCGCUACGAGGAUGCCAACCCCGGGCUGCUGCGGGACCCCGAGGCGCCGCAGCGGGACCCGGAGCUGCUGGAGGAGACCUGCACCCCGGUGCAGCUGGACAUGCGACAGCUGGCGCUGCGCCUGGCCUCCCUUUUCCCGGCGCUCUUCAGCCGCGAGAACUACGGGCGCCUGCAGCUCGUCACCAGCUCCAAGCACCGCUGCGUGGAGAGCGGCGCCGCCUUCCUGAAGGGGCUGUGGCAGCACUACCACCCGGGGGUGCCGCCGCCCGAAGUUGCAGACAUGGAGUUUGGACUUCCAAGAAUUAAUGAUAAACUAAUGAGGUUCUUUGAUCAUUGUGACAAGUUUUUAACUGAAGUGGAAAGGAAUGAUACGGCUCUUUAUCAUGUAGAAGCCUUCAAAACUGGACCAGAAAUGCAGAACAUUUUAAAAAAAGUUGCAGCUACUUUGCAAGUGCCAGUCAACAAUUUAAAUGCAGAUUUGAUUCAGGUAGCUUUUUUCACCUGUUCAUUUGACCUGGCAAUUAAAGGUGUUAAAUCGCCUUGGUGUGAUGUUUUUGACACAGAUGAUGCAAAGGUAUUAGAAUAUUUAAAUGAUCUGAAACAAUACUGGAAAAGAGGAUAUGGGUAUACCAUUAAUAGUCGUUCCAGCUGCAUCCUGUUUCAGGAUAUCUUUCAGCAGUUGGACAAAGCAGUUGAUCAGACAAAGAGGUCUCAGCCAGUUUCCUCUCCAGUCAUCCUUCAGUUUGGACAUGCAGAGACCCUUCUUCCACUGCUUUCUCUCAUGGGCUACUUCAAAGACAAAGAGCCCCUAACAGCUUACAAUUACAAGGAACAAAUGCAUCGGAAGUUCCGAAGUGGUCACAUUGUUCCAUAUGCCUCAAACCUAAUAUUUGUGCUUUACCAUUGUAAAAAUGCUAAGACUCCAAAAGAAGAAUUCCGAGUGCAGAUAUUAUUGAAUGAAAAGGUGUUACCGUUGGCUCACUCACAAGAAACUGUUUCUAUGUAUGAUGAUCUGAAGAACCACUACAAGGACAUCCUUCAGAAUUGCCAUACCAGUGAAGAAUGUCAGUUACCAAAGGUGAACAACACAUCUGAUGAGCUAUGAGUAAUGAGGACAUUUUUAAUGCAUCAGGAACCUAUAGGGAGUGAUCACACGCUUGGAUUAGAUGGGCAAUCCCUGGUUACAGAAAGCUUUCACAUUACUUGGUUAUUUCUGUCUUUUCAUAGAAAAACAUUGAGUUUCUUUUUGAGCCUGGACAUAAAUGUAUAAGAAACAGUUCUUCACUGGAGCAGCUCUCUUAAGGGGGAAAAAAAUCUAUUCAAAUAAAUAGCUGGCACUGCAAAUGUUUACAGAAGUUAAAUUCUUCCUAUUUAUAUAAGAAAUCUCACACUGAGAAUAUGUUUUCAAAAUAAUGCUUGAAAAUGCUGGAAUAACAAAAUAUGCCAGUUGGGUGAUCCAUAACUUGACUGAACUAAGUCUAGGAACUUUACCAGUUGCGCUGCAAUUCUCUCUUUUUUUUCUCAAGUAGCACAGUUCUAGUAUUAUCUUCCUUAAUCAGAAAUAUUGUGAUACACUGGGAGUAUCAUUUUGGAAAAAAGCUAACAUCUCUCUGAAAAUUUGAAACAAUAUUAAGAAACAGUCUGAUUUAAAAGGACACUUUCAGUGAAGACAAAAAAAUGUAAUAAAUAUUUUUGUUAAUAGUAUUUAUAAAGUAUUUCAACACUUUCUCAAUAAUUCCUUUUAGAGUCCUGCUAAGUGUCCUGCAAGGCCCUUCUUUAAUUAUUAUCAUACUUGUUUUAUAUAAAUAACAGUGGAAGGACAAAGAGGACCAUUAACAAUGUCAGAUGGGUAGAAUCAGACUUUCUUCAAUCCAUUGCUUAGCAGUUUUUAGCAUUCUCUCACUUUGUUUCUGUGUUUAUAUUUUGCUAUUAUGUGAUAUAUCUUUUGGUUUAAUUUCUUUUUCAUUCUUUUUUGUUUUUUAAAUAAAGACUUUAUCCUGGUUGGCUUAGUUGCACAGACAUGAACCCAUUUAAAAAAAUAGUUCUGAGUUCUGUCAAAUACCAUGAAAGUAUUUGCUAUAGUAAUAAACAGAAUUCUUGGUCUUUUCUACUCUUUGUGUUGAUAAACAAUCAGUAAUUGAUGGUAAAAGAUUGGAAUUUUAAGCAGCUUUGACUAAGUCAGGCAAUAUAAAGCAAUUCUCAUUGCAAUAUUUUCAAAUAAAUUUUAACUUCUUAAAAAAUGGAAAUCCAUUUUAUUAAAAAUCUAAGAAGUAUCACAAGUAUCUAAGAAGUAUAUAUUGAAAUUAUAAAAGAAGAUGUGUAGAUCAUUAAUCUUCAAAUGAGUAAUGUUCUUAAAGGAGAUGAUCAGGUGGUAAAUCCUGUUGGUUGAUCAAUAUAGUUCUGAUUGUUCCUGCAAAAAGGUCUGGUGGUUGCUUUUUUAAAAAACUUGUAAACAGGUAGACAAGAGAAUAAUAUAAUGAACAUUUAUGGCAAUUGCCCUGUUUUACCAAAAUUAAUAUUAACAAUAUUUGAUUUAGAUCUAAAUAAGAACAACUGAGGACUUUUAUAUGCCUCCCUGAUGCUAUUGCCCUUUCUCCCUGCCUGGAGGUAACCACCAGCAUAAAAUCCAGUAAUCACCAUUCCACUGCAUGCUUCACCCUGGGAACGUCUAGUAUUAUUGUGGGAGUUUUAGAAUAUUCUAUAAAAGGGCAUACUGUGCAUAUCAUUCUUGAAUGAGUGACGUAUUUAGCUGCUGUAUUAGUUUUUUAAGACUUCUUGAUCCCUGUCAUUUGUCACAAAUUAAUGCCAUCAAUUCACCAGUACCUGUUGAGUACUUUUUAUGUACAAACACUAGACUCAGUCUGUGGGCAUAUAAAGUUGAAUGAACCUCGUUCUUUCAAGAGGGUUCUCUUAAAUUUACUUGGUGUCUGACACAAUAAAUAAUUUUGAUUCGUAAAUUUUUUAUAGAAUAUUAAAGUUACAGUUGUUUAAUUUCAUUGUUAAAUGCAACCAUGUUGUCAUCUUUGUAGUCAUUGGUAUGUAAAAUAUUUCAGGGUGGAGGGUUAAGUGUGGCCCAUUUUUGCUAAUAUUGCAGAGGUAGUGAUGUUACUCUGGUGCUAUUAUUCCCAUUUUGGAAAUGCCUAAAACAGGAAUGUCACAAUGAAAACUAAAAAUCUUAGCUAGGACAGGAUAUAUAAAAAGUUGAACAUCAAAAAAUAAUCUUUAAUAAGAGUUCAUUCACAAUUGGUGACCAAGUUAUUCAGUUAAGCCAAAGUUUAAUCACUUCAGCCAGAUAUUUUAAUUGAUUAAUAAAUAGCCUGUAGACAUUAGCCAUUUUUCUGUCUAAUCUACAAUUUGAUGUGUGCAGUGUAUUGUACUUACUGGUUUUUAUAAUCAUCAUUUUGAAGUUUCUGCUCUCCAGCACAUAAUCAUUCACUUGAUACUGUUUUUCUAUAUAAUCUUGAUCUUAAUUUUAACACUGAAAACAGGACUCAAUUUGUAAAGAAAAAAGAGCUUGGUUUUUUCCCAGGCAUAAUCAACUUUUAUAUCUUUACUUGAGUACUUUCCUUUUGUAAACUGUAGAACCGAUGCAGGCCCUUAAAUUUUUAAAAGUUACAAGCAACCAAACCAGGAUAUAUCAAAGUAUAAAUUUUUGGAUUAUAUUUCUCUAAGAUGGCAUUUCAUGUGGUUCAUUAAUUAUCUUUGGAAUUUGGACUGUCUUCUGCCAAAAUGUAAGCUGAAAAUAAAUAUUUGCUUUGUCAUAUAA